GCACUGGUUUCCCGCUUUUAAGUGCACGCUCUCUUAGGACAAAUGUACGAAACAUAUUGUUUCAAAAAUUAAAUAAUGGCAAAUCGAGACGAGCUUAGUGCUGCUGCCAAGCACAAAUUUGUGGAGGCCGCAGUACGUGCAAAAAUUCCACUUGAAUCAUUACCAUACGAAAGCUACAAGUCGAGUUCUGGCGAGGAGUUUAAACUAUAUUGCCGCGCCAAGAGCGAUAUGGAUGCAAAAGCCCUCAAAUGGACAUUUAAACUGGCGGAACAGAAUGUAGGCCCAUUCUACAAGCAGCUUAAAAUGGGCUGGCAGCCCAAAAUUAAACAGUCUGAACUUAAUAAGAACUGGGCGCGUUUCUUGGUGGCCCACAAUCAACAGAAUCAACCCGUGGCCUACACCAUGUUCCGUUUCGACAUGGAUGAUGGUGACUGCGUGCUCUACUGUUACGAAAUACAAAUCGCGCCCGAGUACCAAAGAAAAGGCCUUGGAAAGUUCAUGAUGCAAAUGCUCGAGGCCUGUGCCCGGCUUUGGAAGUUGGAAAAAGUUAUGCUCACGGUGCUAAACAAUAAUGAUAACUCGUUAACGUUUUUCAAAGCACUUGGCUAUGCCAAGGACGAGACGUCACCAGAUGUCUUGGAAGAGGCUGACUAUCAGAUAUUAAGUAAGUCCAUGCUGGGCUGAGUAUUUAAUUAAUUUUAACAACAAUAUUUUUAAAUGCGAUACAAACAAAAUAUAUAUCAA